AUGCAGAAGAGAAAUCCCAGCUCUCAUUUGAUGCGAGCAGUUCGUCUCGUCAGACGUCUGACGGAACCUGUCACCAGACCCCAUCCAACGGCUCUCGUCUCAUCAUCAUGUCAUGGGGCCACUGAUACAUCUAAAGAAGAGCCGCUGAAAGUCACAGAUCAGAGGGAGAUUUUAGAGCUUUCUCGGCACAUUCGAUUCCGUUUGGCUCCUGUCAUCUGCAUUCACUCCGUUAUUAUUGCUCCAGAGCUGCACAAGUUAAAAAGAAAGAAAUCGACGAUCCCAGGACAAGUAUGGAAAAAAGUGCGGCUGUUAGUGAAUCAAAGCCAACGAGCAGUUACUACUGCAUUAUGGUGCAAUUUCCUUGUCUUCUCUCUGAAAUUUGGUGUAUGGCGGGUGACUUCAAGCCAUGUUAUGUUUGCAGAAGUUGUACAUUCAGUUGCAGAUUUUGCAAACCAGGCCCUUCUUGCUUAUGGUCUGAGUAGCUCAAGGCGUGCUCCUGAUGCUCUGCACCCUUAUGGUUAUUCAAAGGAAAGAUUUGUCUGGUCUUUGAUAUCUGCUGUUGGUAUUUUUUGCCUUGGUUCUGGUGCGACAAUAGUCCAUGGAUUUCAAAACUUGUGGAAUUCACAGCCACCUCCCAAUAUACACUAUGCAGCUUUGGUGAUUGGUGGUUCAUUCAUUAUGGAAGGUGUUUCACUCAUUGUUGCUAUAAAUGCUGUCAAGAGAGGUGCAGCUGCAGAAGGGAUGACAGUACGUGAUUAUGUCUGGCGUGGGCAUGAUCCGACAUCUGUUGCAGUUAUGACUGAGGAUGGUGCUGCAGUUACAGGCCUUGCUAUUGCUGCAGCGUCGCUGGUGGCUGUCAAUAAGACAGGAAAUCCGAUCUAUGACCCAAUUGGUUCUAUUAUAGUUGGCAACUUACUUGGAAUGGUUGCUAUUUUUCUUAUUCAAAGGAAUCGGCAUGCUUUGAUUGGCAGGGCAAUUGAUGAUCAUGAUAUGGAAAGAGUGCUUCGGUUCUUGAAAUCUGAUCCGGUUGUGGAUGCUCUAUAUGAUUGCAAGAGUGAGGUGAUUGGACCCGGCUUCUUUAGGUUCAAAGCAGAAAUAGAUUUCAAUGGCGUUGUGGUGGUACAGAAUUACUUGGAACGGACUGGACGAGAAGAAUGGGCCAGACAGUUUCGAGAGGCAGCAAAGGGUAAAGAUGAUGCAGCACUGCUCAAGAGCAUGUCAUGCUAUGGUGAGGAGGUGGUUACUGCUCUGGGCAGCGAAGUGGACAGGCUAGAAAAGGAGAUCCAGAGGAUUGUCCCCGGGAUCCGACAUGUUGACAUUGAGGCCCACAAUCCCAAAGGGCCAUCUCCAUGAUCUGCGGCUUCCUCCAGGUAACAACUACUUACAGUCCAUUUUUUUCCAGUGAGAUUGGUAUUUGUCAAACUGUCCUGGAAAUUUUCCAAUUGAGGGGCUUCUUUGUUUAUUAUUUGGAGCCGGUUGACAAUGCUGUAUUUGAAAACAUCAAUGGAGAAGAAGGCUCCCAUUCAAUCCAAACAUGCUGACUUUAUGAGUCUCGAAGGAA